AUGCAAGAACUCGCUUCUGGUGGAAGAAGAAGAAACAGAGCAUCAUCUCUUAAAUUAACAGACGUUGCUCCUCCUCCUUCAACAUGGUGGCCUGGUGGCUUAGGAAAAGUUUCUACUCAUGUUGUGGUUUAUGCUCGUCUCAUAACGAAUGGCAAAGACCAUGGUGUCCAUGGAAUCAUCGUGCAACUACGAAGUUUGGAUGAUCAUACUCCUCUUCCGGGUAUAACCAUCGGUGAUAUCGGCAUGAAGUUUGGAAACGGAGCAUAUAACUCAAUGGACAAUGGUUUUCUUAUGUUUGAUCAUUUUCGCAUUCCUAGAGAUCAAAUGCUCAUGAGACUGUCAAAAGUUACAAGAGAUGGAAAAUAUGUAGCAUCAGAUGUUCCAAGGCAAUUGGUGUAUGGAACUAUGGUGUAUGUGAGACAGUCCAUUGUGUCAAAUGCUUCCACUGCGCUGGCUCGGGCAGUCUGCAUUGCUACUAGGUAUAGUGCAGUUCGAAGGCAGUUUGGUUCACAGAAUGGUGGAACUAAAACACAGGUGAUUGAUUAUAAAACUCAGCAGAACAGAUUGUUUCCUCUGUUAGCAUCUGCAUAUGCAUUUCGGUUUGUAGGGGAGUGGCUGAAAUGGCUCUACACUGAUGUAACACAAAGACUAGAGGCCAGUGAUUUUGCAACAUUGCCUGAAGCUCAUGCAUGCACUGCAGGAUUAAAGUCAAUGACUACCUCAGCCACCUCAGAUGGUAUUGAAGAAUGUCGUAAGUUAUGUGGUGGGCAUGGAUAUUUGUGGUGUAGUGGCCUUUCUGAGUUGUUUGAUGUAUAUGUUCCUGCUUGCACAUACGAAGAAGACAAUGUUGUGUUGCAAUUACAGGUAGCUAGAUUUCUGAUGAAGACAGUCUCACAGUUAAGUUUUGUAAAUGUUCCUUCAGGGACAACUGUUUAUAUGGGCAGAGCAAAACACCUUUUGCAAUGCAGUUCCGGUGUUCAAAAAGUUGAAGAUUGGUUAAACCCUGAUAUGGUGAUGGAAGCUUUUGAAGCAAGGGCUUUGAGAAUGGCUGUUACAUGUGCUAACAAUCUAAGCAAGUUUGAGAAUCAAGAACAAGGAUUCUCAGAACUCUUGGCUGAUCUUGUUGAGGUUGCUAUUGCUCAUUGCCAGUUGAUUGUCGUCUCUAAGUUUAUAGCCAAAGUAGAGGGAAAGAUUGAAGGAAAAGGAGUGAAGAAACAACUCAAGAACUUGUGCUACAUCUACGCACUUUAUCUUCUUCACAAACACCUUGGUGAUUUCCUCAGAACAAAGUCUGUUACUCCCGAACAAGUUGCACUCGUGAACGACCAGCUUCGGUCACUCUAUUCCCAGCUGCGACCAAACGCAGUAGCCUUAGUGGAUGCCUUUGACUACACAUACCACUAUCUAGGCUAUGUGCUGGGACGCUACGACGGAAACGUUUACCCAAAGUUGUUUGAGGAAGCAUUGAAAGAUCCACUUAAUGACUCGGUGGUUCCUGAUGGCUACCGUGAAUACAUCCGACCGUUGAUUAAGCAAGACUUCCGCUCUGCCAAACUCUAA